AUGACGGGGAAUAGCUCACUUAUCAAUAACCAAACAUUGAUCUCGGCGGGGAGCAUGUUCCAACUCGGCUUCUUCAGUCCAGUUAAUAAUUCUGGGACUGCAUACAUAGGAAUUUGGUACUACAAUCACCCACCAAGAGAAAACAAAGUAGUAUGGGUCGCCAAUAGGGACAAGUCUGUCGACGCAUCCAUGGCAUCGUUAAACCUGACUUCCGACGGAAAUCUAAUUUUAUUUGAGGAAGGAACAGAGGUUUGGUCGACGGGAACAUCUGCAGAACUCAAUUCUGCACGCUUGCAGCUUUUAGACUCUGGAAACCUCGCGCUAACUGCAGGCAACUCUAACAGAACUGUAUGGCAGAGCUUCGACCAUGCGUGUGACACUAUUCUCCCUGGCAUGAAGCUAGGAUUCGACUUCCGGACCAACACUCCGUGGCAGUUCGUGUCAUGGAUGAGUGCCACGGACCCUUCCCCGGGCAAGUACAUCGUCAAGAUGGAGACAUAUAAGGUUCCGGACUUUUUGAUACUGAGUGUGAAUGGAUCUGCCAAACUCGGCCGCACUGGGCCAUGGAAUGGGCAAUGGUUAGUCGACCUUCCAAUGCUUAGGAACGUCCUAAACUUGAUAUACGUGUCCAACCAGAAUGAGACCUACUACAUCACUGAAUAUCAGAUUCGAUCUCCAGUGUUAGUGCGGAUGCUACUGGACGCCAACGGAAAGAGAUACCUUUUGAUUUUUGACGGGCGAGAGUGGAAUUCUUUCUUGUCACUUCCCAGAGACGACUGCGACAACUACAAUAGUUGUGGCAACAACAGUGUUUGCACCAAGGGCUACUACUCGAUCUCCUGUCGUUGCUUGGAAGGGUUUGUGGAAAUCGGAAGUGUCGUCGGGUGCAAGAGGAAGGAACCCUUUUGUUGCUCAUCGAUCCAGUUUCGGAAGGAGCCGAGCGUGAAGGUGCCCGACACUGAGAACGCAACCUCAUGA